AUGUCUUCCACCGAUUACAAGUUCGAAGGCUGGGUAGGCCUUGGCCCUGAAGCCGCCGAAGGAAAGAUGGUUUGGCAGGAAUUCGAGCCGAAGCCAUGGGAGGAGAAUGAUAUCGAUAUCAAGGUCACUCACUGUGGUAUCUGUGGCUCGGAUUUGCACACUCUGCGCAGUGGAUGGGCGGAUGGAUGGGGUGCCACCAACUACCCUUGCUGUGUCGGCCACGAAGUCGUCGGAACAGUUGUCCGCGUCGGAUCACAUGCCGAGGGAGAUCUCAAGAUCGGUGACCGUGUCGGUGUUGGCGCGCAGAGCGGCUCAUGCGAGAACAAGGACGGGAAGUGUGGGCCUUGUGCGAAUGGCCUCGAACAACACUGCGAUAAUAUGGUCAUGACUUACAACGGUACCUAUGCCAACGGUGGGACAUCGUACGGCGGCUAUUCCACAUACAACCGCUCUCCUUCGCACUUCGUUAUCAAGAUCCCGGAUGGCAUCUCCUCCGCCGAUGCGGCACCUAUGCUCUGCGGUGGUAUUACUACCUACUCGCCUCUGAAGCGAAAUGGAUGCGGCCCCGGAAAGUCCGUUGGUGUCAUUGGUAUUGGUGGUCUCGGUCACUUUGCUAUUAUGUUAGCCAAGGCACUCGGUGCUGAUCGCGUCGUCGCUAUCUCCCGCAAAUCCGAUAAGAAGGCCGAUGCGAUCGAGCUCGGUGCGGAUGACUUCAUCGCUACCGCUGAGGAUAAGGAUUGGGAUACCCGCAACGCUAGCUCUCUCGACUUGAUCAUCUCCACUGCUUCCUCUUCCAAGAUGCCUAUUGUCCAGUACUGUGGACUUCUCCGUCUCCACGGCACCUUUAUUCAGCUCGGAGUCCCCGAGGAUGGCGCUCUUGAGAUCCCGGCAUCCCUGCUCAUCAGCAAGGGCCUCAAGCUUGGUGGCUCGUUUAUCGGCAGUCCUAGUGAGAUCCGGGAGAUGCUAGAGUUGGCUGUUGCCAAGGGCGUCAAGCCUUGGAUCCAGGAGCGCCCAAUGACGGAUGCGAACCAGGCCAUCGUCGAUAUGGAGAAUGGUGAUGCUCGAUACCGCUAUGUUCUCACGCACGAGCAGUGA